GACUAGGGUUAAUCCUCUUCAUUCGCAUCUAUCACUCUCUCUCUAGAAAAUUUCAAUGGCUUCCGACGGCGAAUUCAGAUGUUUCGUAGGUGGUCUAGCAUGGACCACUGACGAAGCUGGCCUAGACAAGGCUUUCGCUCAGUUCGGUGAAGUCAUCGAAUCAAAGAUCAUAAACGAUCGUGAAACCGGUAGAUCUAGAGGUUUCGGUUUCGUAACUUUCAAAGAUGAACAAUCUUUAAGGGACGCCAUCGAAGGUAUGAACGGUCAAGCUCUUGACGGCCGUAACAUCACCGUCAACGAGGCUCAGUCUCGUGGAAGUGGAGGCGGUGGCGGCGGCGGUGGUUACGGUGGCGGCCGUGGCGGUGGAGGUUAUGGCGGUGGACGUGGUGGUGGAGGUUAUGGUGGUGGCGGUGGAAGCUAUGGAGGUGGCGGUGGUAGCUAUGGCGGUGGAGGCCGUGGUGGUGGUAGCUAUGGCGGUGGUGGUGGCCGUGGUGGAGGCGGUGGUGGGUAUGGUGGUAAUGGCGGUGGAGGAUAUGGCGGUGGUGGCGGUUCUCGUUACUAGAGAGAUUUGGAGGUUCUAAUUAUGUUAUUUUAGUGGGUUAUUUGCGAAUUUUCGUUUUCUGUUUUUUUAAUGUUUGAAAAGCGUUCUGUGAAUGCUUAAUCUAUCCUCUGGUUUGUGUUCUUUGUUACAUUUGGAUCUUCUUCUUAUGGUUUUGAUCGAUGAUGGUUAAAAUUAGUAUUAGUCUCUGUAGCAUCAGAUAUGGUGUUUGAUUAAUCCUUUGAGCAGAAUAUAUAUGUUUACAAAGAUUAUACUA